AUGGAGGCUGGCACAAACGGCACGUAUGAACACGUCAUCGAAAGAGAUUUAUUUACCUGUAGUUUUGUUCGUAGUCCCAAUAGUCCUUGUAGCGCGGGUGCCAGCGCGGGCCCCCGCGCGAGUAGGGCCGUCUGGAGCCCCCCUGGCUCAUUGUUGCGCCAUUCCACGGCGUAUCGAUCUGCGCCGCCCUGCGGCCCGAACUCGCUCUCCGCCCCAGGAGACCCUACACGAGCACUAGCACUGCACUGCGACACUGUCACCACACGGGAAUUUGGGGACGCGGCCGUGGGACUCCAGCGGAGCCCUGCGCUUGUUUUGAGACGACUGCAACGACGCGAAGCUCGCGCGGAC